UUAAUCCUCUCCUCGCUCCUGCUGUUGGUUUUAUCGACAGAGCGCUACGACGCGCGCUCGCGGGUGCUGCUGACGAGGCUGUGUGCGGAGCUGGGGGUUUCCGUGCAGAAGCUGGCCGAGCUCGAGGCUUCCACCGCGGCGUCGCUGCUAGCGGCCGCACGGCACAUGUCCGCCGAGGCCGAGACCGCCAGCCGCGCGGACGCGGCGCGCGCAGGUCGGAAGUGGAAGUGGGGUAUUGCGUCGGUGGCGGGGGCGGCGUUGAUCGGUGUUACGGGGGGACUGGCAGCGCCGCUGGUGGCCGCCGGGUUGAGCACGGUGCUGGGGACGGUGGGAUUGGGCGCUACGGCUGCCGCCGGGUAUUUGGGUGCCCUGGCCGGCAGUGGCGCAUUGGUAGGGACGCUGUUUGGUGCGUAUGGGGGCAGGAUGACUGGGAGAAUGGUGGAGAAGUAUGCGGCUGAGGUGAAGGAUUUUAGUUUUGUGCCUGUAGGGGGUGCGGAGGAGGAGGGGGAGGAGGGGAGGAGGCUAAGGGUUGCAGUGGGGGUUACGGGGUGGGUGGUGGAUGCGCAGGAGGAUGUGGUCGCGCCGUGGAGGUGUCUCGGCGGACAUGGAGUGGAGGCGUAUGCGCUCCGCUGGGAGGUGGAGGCGCAGCAGGAGCUGGGGAACGCACUCAGGACGAUGCUGGGCGCUUAUGUCUACGGCAAGGUCAAGGGGGAGAUCAUCAAGCGCACCGUCUUUGCAACACUGUACUCCGCGCUCUGGCCGCUGGGUCUGAUGAAGGCGGCAAAGCUCGUGGAUAAUCCGUUCUCGAUCGCCAUGAGACGCAGCGAGAAGGCGGGGCUGGUGCUGGCCGAUGCGAUUGUGAACCGUGCGCAAGGUGAGCGGCCGGUGACGCUCGUGGGGUUCUCGCUGGGUGCGAGGGUGGUUUAUACUUGCUUGCUGGAGCUGGCGGAGAGGGGCGCGUUUGGGCUCGUCGAGAAUGUCGUCCUCAUGGGCUCACCAGUGCCGGCGACUAAAUCUGCGUGGGAGAGGAUUAGGAUGGUGGUUUCCGGCAGGGUGGUCAAUGUCUUCAGCGAGCAGGAUUAUGUCCUCGCGUUUCUGUACAGGACGAGCAGCAUCCAGCUGGGCGUUGCCGGACUACAGAAGAUUGAGGUGACGGGUGUCGAAAAUGUCGAUGCCGGGGAAACAGUGGCUGGACAUCUGAGAUACCGGUUUGCGGUGGGAGGCUUGCUAAAGGAUCUGCUUGAGGGGGAUAUCGAGGUCGACGAGGCGGCGAAGCAGCAGGAUGUUUUGAAAAUAUUGGAGACGGAAGAUGAGAAGAAGGGGGACGAGAAA